AUGCCUGGACACAUCUCAGAGGGAUUUGUACAGAGAGGUCAUGUUGGAGAACUACAGCAACCUGGUUUCUGUAGGCCUUUCUGUAUCAAAACCAGAGCUAGUCACCUGCCUGGAACAGAAUAAAGAACCCUGGAUUGUGAACACAGAGGAAGUAGAAGGCAGAGAAUCAGCUCUGUUUUGUUAUCCCAUUCAUGAGUUGUUCCAAAAAGAGCGUACACAGGAUCCUUGCCAAAGAAAAAUAUCAGAACAGUUUGGAUGUAAUGUCCUUGGUGAAUUACACAUAAGGAAGUUCUGGGCAUGUAGUUCAGACAAUGAAGAACCUGAAUCAUGUGCUGAUAGAAAUGAUCUUUAUGCAGACCCAUCACUGGCAUUCCUGAUAUAA